CCGGAAAUGAGUGCCGAGCGCGCACGUGUGCUGAGACUGACAGUGCGCGAGCUGCAGGAAACUUCUUACCCAAACGGAUUAAAUCGAUUAACCUGAUUAAAUACAUUAAAGUUAUUGAUCGAUACUCACGAUGACUGGGGCCAAAGACCGAAUGAGAGAAAAAAAGAUGAAAAAUCAGCCGAGAAAUGUUGUUUACAGUAACACAGGUCGCACUGCUGGCAGAGGUCAGGGGUCACAGGCAGGCGGCUGGGUCAGAGGUCAUCAGACUGGAGGUCAAAGUUACAGCCAAGAUCUGCCCAAAUACAUCACAGCGUGUCACUUUGCACAAGCGCGUGCUGUUGAACUGAACGCUAUGUUGAAGGCCGUCAGUAAACCUACAGGCAGCUGUCACGUGUUCAAUGAGCUGCCAAAACACAUGCGCAGACGAGCCAUGAGUCACAACAGCAAGAGACUGCCGAUCCGUCUGCGAGAGGGCGCUCAGAGACUGAUUGCACGCAGUCAACAUGCCACACAGAAAGAGAAGCAGCAGCUGCCCAAAAGCAAGAGUCGUCGAGCUCGCCGUCGUCAUGGUAACCUGCUGCUGGAGUUUAAUCGCAGACAGAGGAAGAAUAAGUGGCUGGAGACUCACAUCUGGCACGCUAAACGCUUUCACAUGCUAAAGAGAUGGAAGUACUGUCUGCCACACACAACCACCGCAAAGACCUUUAGAGCCAGUUACAGAGCCAUGAACACACACGCAUUACUGCAGGAUUUGUCAUAUUUCUGCUGUCUGGAGCUUCAGGGUCCUGAAGAACACUUACUGCGAGCACUCGCUCGAAUGACCAGCAAACAUACAGGUCCCACAUUUGCAGCAUUGUCGUGUCUGUCCGGUGCGCGUCAGGGAAACAUUCAUCUGUACAGAGCAGAUCAGUUUCCUCACGGUUCUUUGGGUUCUGCUGACUUCCUGUGGAGGCCCCGGGCCCCUGACACGACACACAGACAGCUGUGGAUCUGGAUCCAUCCGGCCCUUAAACAGGAUGUGCUCUCAGAGCUGCAGUUAGUGUGUCAGUGUUUGCAGGUUGUGUCCGUCUAUAAGGAAUCUCAACUCGUUGAGGAGGUGUCUGCAGGGAGGAAGAGGAAGAGAGAUGAUGAUGUUGAGCAUCCCUCUAAAAAGCUCUUGGGUGACGCGACACAACCUGCCGGGACGCCUGUGAGCUGGAACUCCAGUGAGACCAGCGUCACCAUCAGUGACCUCACCAUGGAGAUCUUGCGCUAUCGUUUGAUUGGUCCUCUGGCCCACAGAGUGCUCACAGACACACUUCAGCUAGCCAGUGAGGAUCAAGAGUCGAUCGAGCCGUCGAGUUCCUGGUGGACCAAUCACAGUCGAGAUCAGAGACACAUGAGCGUCCAUCGACAACAGGCAGAAAUAUUCAAUCUGCUGAGAGGUGUGUGUUCAACAGCAGAGCUCUCAGCAGGUUGUGUGUUGGGACUGACUGUAGAUGACCCCAGACUCACUUUACCUCAGAAACGUGGUAAAAUCGUCUCUGACCUGCAGCAGAGUACAGAUGAUAGUCGUGUGAGGGAUUUGAUUCUCAGAGGAGUUGCAGCUGACUGCAGUGAGAGCGCACUGUGGGAUGCGUCUGUCCGAGACAAUGUGACACACAACCGUAUAUCAGAGCAGGAGCUGAACAGGAUGAGGAGCGAGCUGUUGGUUCCAGGUUCGAGUCUGUCUGCUGCUCCUCAGUCUCGUGUUCCGGUGCUGUUGGUUCAUCACGCGGGUCGCAUGCGUGGCAUCGAGCGUCUGCACUGGGGCUGCGGCUGGGAUCUGCUUCUGCCUAAGGGAUGGGGAAUGGCAUUCUGGGUGGCUCUGGUGUAUCGUGGCGUGCGUGUCGGUGGUCUUCACAUGAGUCUCAAACACUCUCAGUUUAAAGGCGAGCCGCACUUCCCACACGAUUACCCAGACUGCCCUGCAGGCGCGCUCUUCCAAUCAGAACAGGAGGCAGAGCUUCUAGAAAAGUUUAAAAGACGCCCUCCGUCAAAACGCACCAACUACAUCAAACAUGGGUGCCUGGCGCCAUUCAUUUGCCCCUGGCAACAGCUGACGGAGGAGUGGGAGGAGCUAGUGAAGCUGAACGAAGAGACUGCGAGCAGCUGCAGAACUGAACCGCCAGACUUCACUGUUCUGAGGAGCGUGAAGGUUUUGCGGCAGCUGUCGUCGUGGUGUCGCCCCUCUCGUGGUCAGCGAGCGUCACAAAGGAACUCUCCUCCGCCUCUCACCCACGUGACUGCUGCGGUGCUGCGGCAGGAAUGGGGGCGCAGUCUGGUGUGGGUGCGUCUGCGUUUGUUGAGUAAAGGACAGCCAGCGCUGCAUGCCAUGGUGUGUGUUCCCACGACCUCUGACCUCCAGAUGCUGCUCAAAGAUGGACGCAGCAGCGGCCCGCAGGAGCCCCGACACAAAGACCACCUGAAACACCUGUGCAAACGCAAAGCCGGCCCUAAAAAUAAAGACUCCACCUCUAAAGACUCUGACCCCGCCCCUUCUGUGAUCAGUUCAUCACUUGUUCGGGGGGUGUGGCCGCCGCCGCUGCCGAGCGUGCUGUCUCACUGCAGUCGUGUGACGCUGGGCUGGGUGCAGCAGGGUGAUUUCUCUCUGGCGGCAGGUGCCGGCGAGGCGCUGGCAUUCAUCAGUGUGUCUGGACUGUUGCACACACUCCUUCAGCAGCCGCAGGAGCAGCGCGGUGUUGUUCUGCUGCGGAACCCCUCAUCACUGCAGUACCGCUACGCUCAGAUCAGCAUCGAUAUUUAAACCAGAGACUGUCACGUGACCGAGCCGCACUGUGAUGCGUUCAACACCAUAUAGAUCCUGUUUGUGUCGCAUCUCAAAGACUCGAUGUGCAGGAGUGCAUGCGCUGAAACUGUUUACACCAUUUACUUUGGGAAAAACAUUUCCAUUGGAGGUUUAAUUUAUAGUUUCUUUUUUUUUUUUUUUUUAAGUGCUCUGACAUUUAUGAAUGUGUAAACGUCUGUGAUUUGAGAGAUGCAGUUAUGAUUUACUGUGACCAAAUUAAUUAUUUCAGCAUCAUGUGUUUCAUCAAAUAUUUAGUUUCUGUUUAGGUCACACAAAUGAGUGUUAAUGAAUAAAUCUUCCAGUUGAUAGAGAUCAAAUACAAUCUUUGCUCUUAUUUAUGACAACCCAAAUACAAGCACUUUGUGAUAUCUGUGCGUGCGUGAGUGUUUGCGUGCGUGUGUUUGUGUGUGUGCAUGAGUGUUUGCAUGCGUGUGUUUGUGUGCGUGCAUGCAUGUGAGUGUUUGCGUGUGUGUGAAUUUGCGUGAGUGUGCAUGUGUUUGCAUGCGUGUGCAUUUGCGUGAGUGUGCAUGUGUUUGCAUGCGUGUGUGUGUGUGUGUGUGUGUGUGUUGAUUGAAGUUCUUAUCAAUUUCAUUGGUAAUUUGAUCAUUUGUUUGCUUUACACACUCUUGACAGAAAAACAUAAUUCUAUAAUUUGCCUCCUUCAAAAUCACCACAGGUAUCGCCAGCCACCUCACGAUAAAAUAAAUAUUGCGAUACUUUGUGAUAUCAUGAUUCGAUUCCUUUUCACAAGCUUUCAAUUCUAAAUGAUUUGGGUAUAUUUCAGUUAUAAUGUUCAUUUUGUUCACAUUCAGUAUGAAAGAAAUUCUCUUUCAGCUAAUGCUGUUAUUAAUUAUACAGGGGAACUUCUAACUUGGUAAAUUAUGGAAAUAUUUUUACUUUUUCAUCAGUAUGGUCAAAAUAAACAAUCAAGUUUUCCAUCAAAAAAAUGAUGUCUUGAAAUUGCAUAUAUUGCAUAAAAACAUUUUGUUACAUGUUUAUUGUUUACAUUCCUAAUUUCUACUAUUUACUAGUAUUUACAUUGAUAUGCAGAACAAGUGCUAAAGUGUUACUGCUCUUUAAGAACAGCGGCAGAGACUUUGACAGAAGGGUUUGUUUUGGUCGAAUGGCUUUUCUGCAUUCGUGCUAUGUGUGAUUAGAAUUAAAUGUUUAUUUUUGUUGUUUCUGAAGAACAGAAAGGAUAUUAAAAGAGACAUUAUUCAGUGACGAAUGGAUUGUGUGGAUCUCGUGUUUGGACACACAUUACCAAUACUGGACAUGAAGACACAAAUAGUUGAAUAUAAACAUCGAUGCUAAAGGAUUCACACAAUA